GUCGUUCCGGUUACUACAGCUUGCUUUUUGACCAAUCUCUGCCGCCAUUUACGUAUUCAAAUUCUAUAAUCACAAAAAAAUGCAACUUAGGACUGUCGGACUAUUUUCAAAUAAAGCAUUAAACUUCAUUACAUUCUCCGUAGCUAUCGCUUUGAUAUUUAUUAUCAUUACGAAAACAACCCAAAAGUCUAUUUUACUGGGAACACCAGAAGAAACAACUGUGGAGACGGAGACUACAACUGAAAUAACCUAUGAUUUGAGUACUUAUGAAGUGAAGACUCAUAAAGGACUUGUGAAUCUUGAAGUAUUAAAUGAAAAGGUUUUCAAAUCACUUGGAUUUGAAGUUAUGCUUCCGACGCUUCCCAUACCAACGCUUCGAAUGACAACUUUUAAAGAGCCAACUUGUGCUACAGUUUUCUCCGAGUAUCUUGAAGUGGCAGAGAAAGCUCUUCCAAAUUCCGAAGACGUUUCAGAUGAUAGUCCGAAAUUUCAUAAUGAUGAUUUUCUGAUGAACGGGUUUGCUGCAUUUAACGAGACAAUCUUCAUGCCCAAAGAAGGUGAAAAAGCGAAUCGACCAAAAAAUUGGGAUAAAAUAUCCGAAAUGAUGGAGUUGACAAAGGAAGAACUUGACGAAGUCGCGAAAUUGGGAGGAAUACAGUCAAUGUUCUCAGCGAUGCAUAUGUAUCCCGUGCUAAGAAUGAGUGGAUUAAUUAUUGGAAGUGUAACACCGUGGUUGGAAGUUAUGACUUUGCAACAUGGUGCCCAACAUAUUUUGACACUAGAGAGUAACGAACUGGAAAUCGAAGAGGAAUACAGAGAUCGGCUAUCCUCAAUGCAUCCUAUGGAAUUUGCAAACAAAUGGGGACUGUACGCUGAAACAUUUGAUUUCGUCGCCACAUUUGGAUUUAUUGAGAGAUCUGGCCUGGGUCGAUAUCGUGAACCAAUGGAUCCCAUUGGAGAUUUACGCGAAAUUAUGAAAAUAAAAUGUGUUUUGAAGCAAGGAGGUCUCUUGUACCUGGGUCUCCCAUAUGGUACCGACGCUCUUCAAUUUCAAUCUCAAAGAAUAUAUGGCUCGCUUCGUCUUGCGAUGAUGUUCAGCGGUUUUGAAUGGGUUGCAACUUUCACCGGAAGAUCUCCAAAGCGUGUGCAAUUGAGAUCUCAGAAAAGACAGAGUACCAAUUUAUUCAACCCAAUACGUUAUACCUUUGUUUUGAAAAAGCUUUAAGCUUUUCUAUUAAGACUUAACAUAUUAAUGGUAACAAUAGUAAUUCAUUGAUUCAGUUUACAAAUAUAAUAAAUGUCUCUUUUUUUCUUGCUUGAUGGAUUCUGU